AGUGUCAAACCUGUACGCAACGUAAGCUCAUAUCUGCCUCCUUGUUGUUUUCUAAGCUCUCUUUGGUCAGGUAUCUCCACGCGAGCCAUUCAUUCGCCCCUCAAGUACGUUUAAUAUUUCCCAAGUAAAACCAAAGACCAAUACACAGGAAAGCAGGUCUGCGCAGUGUCAACAACGCGUUGUAUCAUCUCUGUUAGCAGCCGGCAUUUUGAUAUCUGAAUUACAAUACCAAAGAAGAAGGGAUCAAACCCAUAUACACACGCAUUAGACAUUCGACACUAUCAACACCUGAAAUCACCCCUUCCUAUGCCAUUGGCCGCCGCCCUGUUUUGAUGGGUGUUUUAUCUAGAAGUGUGCGUUUUUUUUUUUCUAAGUAGCCGCUGAGCUUGCAUGCACCGAAUUUGUGUGUUCAACUCUUCUUUCUUUUCUUAUCCUUUUGUUUAAACCUUGAAAGCUACUCACCUCUUUUCUUUUACAUCUCAGUUCUCGUUGCUAAUCGAUCCGUUGCUGCGUGGCCUCUGUGUGGUGUUUCUCCAUGACCCCGCUGUGGCACUAGAGAGCACCUUUUCUGUUUUCCCGUGCUAUUUCUUUAAGCACUUACUUCUUGUACUUCUCUCCCCCUCCUCUUUCCACACGCACGCACCCACCCGGCCUAAACGAGACAAAACAAAGACUCCUUCGCGUGCUUCUUUUCUUUAUUAUUAUUUAUCUCUUACUAGUUUGCGGGGUCGUCGUUGCUGUUUAUUUCAAGAUCUUCCUCCUAACCAGACUUCACUGAACGGUGAAGCGAAUCCUACACUCCUCCUUUCGACGUCCUUUGGGUGGGAUUUCGGUUCAUGUUCCCGGUCUAGCGCGGCUGCUGUUUUCUUCUACUGUCAGUUGUUGCCACUUCACUCAUACUGUUGCUUGUCGCCCGAUUCGGGACGAGAAACCCAAGAGGCGAAGCGUUCCCUACGAGCGGGGUUUUUUCUGGUCUCUUCUCCUUUCUUCGUGAUGAACUCUUCUCGCGGCGAUGACGACUUCAGCACCUCGCAGUUCCGCUCCAUCAGUGAGGUCAGCGAUCUGCAUGCACACUACCUUCGCAGCAGCAGCUCCGACGUACAAGUUCUUAUCGACACCAACACCUCCACGUUGUACGAAGGGGAACGACUUCCUUCGCUGAUCGCCUCGCGGUGCUCUUCUCGCGGCUCCGUCGUGCCGUCGCUGAACGAUAACUUCAUCGCCGUCCGUGACACAAAAGUCGGUGCGCAUCACCGCAGCACGUCCAGCGAGGCCAGCUCCGCCUACGUGGAUCACUGCGGGUGGACAGACGCGAGCAUCGAUGCGAAUACGGCGGACGCCCGUCACGCCAUCCAGCCGGCUCGUGGCACGAAGAGGACAGCGCUUGGGAAGCAGCCUCUGCAACCUGAAGGGGUGGACCCUAGGCUGGGGACUGCGCACGGCAGCGUGCGGAACCCGUUUGCCAAGCCAGGCCCUGUCGGGACGCUGCCCUCACGACCCCAGAGGAAUUUGGCAGACGUGGGGCGCAAGCAUUCCGUACGCGUCUACGCCCCUCCCGAUCCCUCGGCCCUACCACGCAAUGCCGCUGCACAGCCGCCCCCACCGCACGAGCGUGAUCGAUCCAGUGGCGCAACUCCACAGCAGCUCGCAGAGAUGCAAGCGCAGAACGGACGGCGAAAGAUGCAGCUGCGCCAACCGCAGCCGCAGGAGCGGUUCAUGCAAGUGCAUUGCCUCCAGCAGCAACAGCAGUACCAGCAGCAGCAGCGACAGCAACGUUUUGAUCUCCCAGCUCCUCUGAGCGAAACUCUUUCGAACGAAGCGCAGCACUCGCAGGUUCCGCCGUGCGCCAACCCACGGACGGCGACGACCAACUCGAUGAACGACUCAGCCGGUCUGUCCUCGUCGUUGUCUCCCUCACGGACAAAAGUGCAGGGCAACGCGGUGUCUAAGAAAAGGCACUUUUGGUUCUGCGGGGGAGCGAAGGGAGAUGUCGCCCCUCACAACCGUUGUGGCUCGUGGGUCUCCAACUGA